AUGGGGGAGAAGGCAGAUAUGAAGGAGCAGAUGGUAGAGCUGGAGCUUGGCUGCAUUCAGCUGCCUGGAGAGACUGACACUAAGGAUCUCUACGAGGUGGACCUUGCCGACAAUGGGGAGCCUGCACAAGGAGAGGGUGAGCACUUCGGGCGAGGCACAGAGCAGAAGCAUGGCAGAAGCACCGCGCAGAGACCCAUUCAAGGCACGCGCCCAAGGUGGCGAGAGCCGAUUGGCUACACCGAGAAGGCCCCGCCGGCAGCCGCGCUGGCCAAUGGCCUGUGGCAAGGCCGGCGGGGCGGGCGUCGCGCAAGGGCUCUGAGUUGCGGCUGCGCGGCCCUCGGCACGCACGCUGGUGCUGGAUGGCGCGACCCGCGGGGCGGAGCAGCGGCUGGCAGCAGCGUGGUGCUUGUCCUUGGAGCCAUAUCUAGGUCCGCGGCGGGCGUCGGCAGCGGGAGUCGACACCGCCGCCUGGGUCGUCGCUUCUUGGUGAAGCCCGGAGCGCCCCAGGCUCCAGAGAGGAGGCCGGCGGAGGAGCCGCCGCGGAGAGGCGGUGAGAAGUGCAGGGGUGGCUGGAGAGGCCCGUCUAGCCCCCCAGAGGACGGGGCCGCUCGUCGCCAGGAACCGCCGCUCUGCCUCGGGCUGAAAAGCCUGGUCGGCGUGGUGAUCGGUCAUGGUGGAUCAAAAAUAAAAGAUAUCCAAAGUACAACAAACACCAGAAUCCAGAUAAUAAAAGGACAUCCAGUAUCACUAGUCAAAAUUUUUGGCAGCAAGGCAAUGCAAACAAAAGCAAAAGCAGUGAUGGAUAAUUUUAUUAAAAAACAAGAUGACAAUUCAGAAUGUGAAGUUGAUGUUGUUAAGUUCCAACCUUCUGUUAGCAAAGGUCAAAGCACUGAUGACUUUGUUGUUGCAGGAGAUUGGACAUUGAUAUAUUGGGAUCAAAUUAGAGAGGAAGGUUCAAAAUGGCAAAGGAAAAAAUUGGCAGAUUUACUGCCAAUUAAAAAAAAUUUUUACAACCAGUCAGCAACAACAGGGUCGAUGUCAAAAGUGCAAGUUGACAACUGGAGAAAGGAAAAUUUUAAUAUAAUGUGUGAUGACUUGAAAGAGGGUGAGAAACAUCCUAUCCCCAACCCUACUUGCGUGUUUGGUGAUGCCUUUCAGUGUAUCAGUCCUGAGGUUAUGGACAACAUUAAAAAGGCAGAUUAUCAAAAGCCAACACCCAUUCAGACAUAGGCAUGGCCAAUAGUACUGCAAGAAAUUGAUCUUAUAGGAGUGGCACAGACCAGCACAGGGAAGACGUUGUACUAUUUAAUGCCCGGAUUUAUUCACCUGAACUUUCAGCCAACAUAAAAAUUCCAAAGGAAUAGGCCUGGCAUGUUAGUCCUUACAUCUACUUGGGAAUUAGCUCUUCGAGUGCAAGCUGAAUGUUCUAAGUAUUCCUAUGGAGGUCUUAGAAGUGUUUGUGUAUAUGGUGGUGGAGAUAGAGACAAACAAAUCGAAGACCUAAGAAAAGGUGUAGAUAUCAUUAUUGCAACUCCUGGAAGAUUGAACGAUCUGCAAAUGAAUCACUGUGUCAACCUGAAGAGCAUAACCUACUUGACUCAACCAGAUCCCCUGUGGUCGGCCUCAUACAGCUGUGUCCGGUUCUACCCUUCUUACAUCUACAGUGUGACCACUGAGUUCUGUACCCAGUGGAUACUCUAG